AUGACUAUGAACACUGGGGGAUUUACCUCCAUGCAAAAGCAACUCGAAGCAGAAUUGCGUUCACUAUCGUCCGAAUCGAAAAGAAGGAAUUCGGCCAUUCGCCAUGCUAGUGAUAAAUCCGUCGAGAUCCUAAAGAGGGUACAUAAUUUUGAUGAGUUAGAAAGGCAUCCAGAUUUUGUGCUGCCUUUCAUACUGGCGUGCCAGUCGAGAAAUGCCAAGAUGACGACACUGGCUAUGCAAUGCUUGCAAGGACUGUCAACCGUCCCAUCUAUUCCCAGGAGCCGGCUGUCUGAAAUCCUGGAUGCUUUUAUAGAGGCCACCCAUCUUGCCAUGGAAAUUCAAUUAAAAGUCUUACAAGUGGUGCCAAUUUUUUUCAAGACGUACGGAAAGUUUAUCUAUGGUCCGCUUUGUAAGAAAUUGCUGCUGUGCUGCUCAAAUCUGCUACACGUACCCAAUAAAGCACCCGUAGUGGUAGGUACUGCAAGUGCAACUUUACAACAACUCAUUGAUGAAAUAUUUGAUAGACUUUCCAUUGAAUCUGUUGUUGACGAUAAGCAGUUCGAAGUCCUGAUAAGUAACAAUGAAACAACCAAAGUUAACGUUUAUAGAUACGAUGCUAACAAACUGUUUAAUAAUAUUUGUUCCCUGAACGAGGUAAGUAUAAGCGGACCCAGUAAUGAUGGGGAUAUCUUAUUGGAUAUCGGAGACAUCCCAAUAGACUACGGAUUAGAAAUCCUUGAGUCCAUAUUAAAGAAUAGUCAGAAGAAUCUUUUAGAAUGCGGAGAUUUACAGUAUUUACUAAGGGUGAAGGCCAUUCCCUUGCUGCUACGUUGCAUAUCAUCUUCCAAACAUUUUUCCACCGCUGUGAGGAGUUGCCGUUGCUUGAAGUUAUUGAUAAGAAAGGAAUACCUAAGUACACUCGAAUUAGAAUUAGAAGUCAUUUUGUCGUUACUGAUUCAUGGUAUCUCCGUCGAAUCGAACUUAUCUGCUUGGCAGAGAGUCCUAUCAUUGGAACUUUUUAAAGAUUUGUCUCAAGAUACUGAGAUUGUUAAUACUCUCUAUAUGGACUAUGACAAUUACUCAGAUAAGAAGCACGUUUUCAAAUACCUUUUAAAAGAGUGCAUUGGCCUACUGAACUCUCCAGAGUAUAUUACUUUCUUAGGUUCAUCAUCAAUCGUUCAAAAGAUGGAUUCUCCCCUGAUAACCACUGAGAAUUCAAUGGUCAAAACAAGAUUUAUGCAUCUUUUGGACAAGUCUAACGCUCCGUCCAUCAACAUUACCUACAUUAUAUCGCUAAUUCUCGGAAUCUGUAACAAUUUGUGUGAAGGCUUGAGCAAUUCUGCUCUGGACAGCUCUCCUCUUGAGAAGAAAAUGGGGGACAAACAACACAACGGAGAAUUAGAAAAUGACUCGACCAUAGUAAAGGUUUAUAGCGGCCUAUUUUCUGGACUCUAUGAGAUCAACAAGUUAUUUCUAUAUUCGACUUCUUUAGAGACAUCUAUUUUCCAUUCGGUGGUAAGAGCUUUCCAAAAAUUAGCUCAUAGUGCCGGUGUUUUGUCACUCGAGGAAAAACUUAGAAAGUGUAUGAAGUUGUUUUCGAUUUUAAUAGUAAAUAAUGUAAUAUCGUCAAAUCGGGUCCCUUCUAAUGAUAUGAGCAGGCUAGUAAAAAGUCAACAGGUAAGAGAAAUAUCCGGGUCAAGGGUCUUGAAUAAUCCUGGUGAAACAAUUUCUUCUCCGACGACAAAAGAUUUAACGAAAGAAAUUGGAGAUUCUUCCAAAGACAAGGAAACGAAAAGGCAAUUGCACCCUAGAAACAUCAGUCCAAGGCAAGUUAGUUUACUCAGAGCUUUGGUAUCGUUAUCGGUAUCAUUAGGUCCCGUUUUUGAUUCAGAAAGCUGGAAAUACACUUUCUUAACCUGGCAAUGGAUAUCGUACUACAUAUAUGGCCCAUCUGCUGAUUUUAAAGAAAGCUUUUACUCUGAAGAUAUUCCACCACCUCCAGUACUAAGUAAAUCGGAUGUCACAUCAAUUGAAAGUUCUCUAACAAAAUUUUUCGAAAGUACAAGCAAUUAUUCUUGUUCAACAUUUCAGUUGGUAUUAACGAGAUUAAUUUUGGAUUCAAAAAAUACCCUAACUUUAGAACAAACUAACCUUAACUUGGACAACGAUAUUGGUUAUCAUCCAUUAGAUGCUGGGAAUGAAAUUAUGCCAUGCAUUUAUAACAAGGCUUUUUUUGUCAACAAAAUCGGUGAACUAGCGACUUACAACUGUAAGAAAUUCCUUGCAGGAAAAAACGGAAAGGAGCUUUGGAAUUUACUUUCUAACUAUAUGAUCAAACUAAUAUCAAAUCGUGAGAUGGAUAAUGAUUCAUUACGCUUGUACAGCGUGAGAGUAUUCACAGAAAUUAUUAAAAAGGCUACUAACGAGGUUGGCAACUCUGAUGAUCAAGAGGAUAAGGUCCAGCAAUUCGGUACCUUAGAAAACCUAAUUAUCGAUAGUUUGAUGGAAACAAUAAACUCGAUCAAACAAUUGGAUGUAGGUAGGCAAGAAAUAUAUAACGGAACAAUCAAUGUGGAAUCUGAUAUUCUUUUCCAACUGCUAUUGACUUUGAAAGAAAUUUUAAACGAGUUCGGUGAGUUGCUGAUGAACUCAUGGACAAAUAUUUUCAACAUUAUCAAUUCACCCUUCGAGUGGACAGUCGAAGACACAAACCUAUCCAUGAAUGAGGACAUAGACGAUUCAUCUUUGUUUGAAGGUAUCGUUCAGAAACACAAGAACAUGAUACAGGUAUCUUACGAUGUUUUCAAACUAAUUUCUGACGAUUUUUUACAAAGUUUGCCAAUGAACGUUAUCAAGUGUGUUAUUGACACACUUGUCAAUUUUGUAACUCAGAAGAGGAAUCUAAAUAUUUCUUUCUCUUCCAUUAGUCAAUUCUGGCUAGUUGGAGACUAUCUUAGAGUCCGUUUCAGUCCCGAUACGUUGGAUUUAGAUGACGAAAAACGUAAAAAAUUUUCUGAAAAGAUCACUAAUCAAAAACUAAUUGAAAUCAUUACGUCUGAUUCGUCGCAUAAUUGGGAGCUUUAUGACGGACUAUGGAUAUACCUUCUGAAGAAUUUGGUCAACUGUACCAACGAUGAUAGAAUAGAAGUUAAAAACGGUGCUGUUCAGACUUUUUUCAGAAUUAUUGACUCUCAUUCUGUUUGUUUCCCCCCGUGGGAUCUUAUCUUUUUGGAAGUUAUUGAGCCAUUACUCACUAAAGAAUGGUCAAAUGAAGAACUUGAAAAUGAAACAGACUUCAUUAAUAUAACGCUGCAGGGCUUAAUAAAACUUUACCCAGAACACUUUAAAGAUUUUAAAAACAACCCUACCUGUUCUAUGGAAUGGUCUGUAUUGUUAAAUUUUAUGAAAAGACUGUUGCUAUCAACUUCGAAUAAUACCAAGAAUGCCGUUAUACUAAAUUACCAAACACUAUUGAAAGAAAUCUUAAAUAUUAACAAUGUUCCACCUGGUAUCUUAAAGGACUGUUGCGAGAUAUUCACCGAGUAUGACAUCACGUAUAGCGACCUCUCAAUCAGUGCUUCCAACAAAACCGAAUACGAUUGCAUAUACGAACUAAUCACUGGGUUUCCCUCCCUCUACAAAUUAGUUUUCGAAUAUGAUGCAAUGACGGAUGAAUUUGUGGAAAAAGUACUGCUUCUGUUUAAUUCUGCUAUAAAAUAUCCUCUUUUGCCUGAGUUCGUCCAAGAUAAAACGAAGCCCUCUUCUAUGCAAAAGGCCAUAUUGUCUGGUCUUGACAUCUUUGCGACCAAAGAUUUCAAAGAUACCGAAAUUUUGAUUCUUCUGCAAUUAAGUACGAUAUCAGUAUUAGCUUUUGAUACAAGGGAAAAAAUAGCGAACAAACUUGGACCAAAAUUGCCCAAAUCGUCACUUAAUAGACUACCUACUUUUGAGGCAAUCAGUUAUAUGGCAUGCACAAACUUAAGAGCUAAAGUAGCAAAGAUAGAUCAGUUUGAUGUAUCAACAUUGAAAGCAAAGCACGUUUUAAGAAUACUGAAAAACUUGACUGAAAUCAUCAAACGGAAGUCUCUCAUUGCAGGGUCAGCUAAUGAUGAAAUUCCUAUAUGGGUUCUUGCUUCCAAUUGCUUCAGUGAUUUAUCGAGCAAAAUUUUCAAAUCACUCCAAGGAGAUGCGGGGAAUCAACUUAAGGAUAACUUUUGUGAUUUAUUCAUAAAUGUAAUCACCACUACAUUACAAAGAAUUAACCCAGAAAUUGAUAACCAAACUGAGAUAGAUGAUUUGAAUGAAUACUCUAAAUAUCGGGAGAUCUUGUUAGGCAAUAAAAUCAUUGAGCUUUUCAGUGAAAGGCAGUUAGACAUAUUUAUUAGUGCUGUUUGGAACUGCUCGUUUUUGUACGAAUUUGAUGAAUUAGAAAAUGCUCUAAUGAGAGGUUGUGAUACACUAGCCGAGUUUUCAUCCAAGUUAUCUGCGUUUGAUUUUUCAAACUUAUUUGGAUCUACCACUAAUCCUCCAUUUCUGACCAAGUACAAAUGUUCUUUAGAAUGUUUACAAGAUUUGGUAAAGUUUAUGCUAAACUCAAACGAAAAAUUGAGAAAGUUAACGGCACCUUACCUCUCUGCUAGGAUAGCCCUAGUUCUCAGGAGAUAUAUAUCAGAUGAAUACUUGAUUGGGCGUGCACCCAUACCAAAACUGCGCAAGAUUGAACUCACUACUUUGUUAAAUGGAUUGUGCGAGAUAUUCAGGGUUAUUUUAAGUAAAGAUUCGGCCCUAGCGAACAAACAAAUUGGGGUUGAAAAUUUAGAAAGGUUAGGCCCAUUGAUUUUAAGAACAAUUCCGGUGUCUCACAAGAUGGAUGGAUUACAAGAUAAAGUUUUGGAACUCUCGCUUGAUUUCACCAAACUAGUAACCUAG